ACAUCAAUUGUAAUGGCUCGCUUGUAUUUUUAUGCUUAUUUCUUUCUGCUGAUCAGUCUUACUCCAUUGGAAGCAUUUCCUCCUCAACUCAUACGAUCAGAAUGGCAAUCCAGAUCCCACUAUUCCAUUACACUCACUGGCAUUUUUAGAGCAGCAGCUUCUUUUAUUGAGGAAUAUGAUUUGCUGAACACAACUGAAUCUGAUCCAAACCGAAGAGUUUCUAUGUAUUUUGGGGAAGAUGGAAGUUCCUUGAAAACUUUUCUUCAAACAAUCAACAAAAUUGUAGCAUUUGAAAAUGAAAUUCAGAGAGAUUUUGCAAGUGUUGCUUUCUACCACGUUAAUGCCGAACAAAUUAUUACAGCACACAAUUACAUAAGGUCUCUGCGGCGACAGAUCCAGACACUGGCAUCAUCGGAUAAACCAGACAUUGAGUUAAUUCAGGAAAAGCUGGGCUAUUGUUUGUACACCAUACAAGCCUUUUACAGUAAUACCAACUGGGUAGAACUGAAUGGAGACACACACUAUGCAGAUUUUGGCCAAGAAAAUGUUACUUUGAUCGAUAUUGCUGAUUCUACCGAGAAGUCCUGCAAAAGUUGUGGCAAAGACAACAGUGGAAUCUUCAACUGUACUGAUAACAUCAUCACCACGAAGUUAACAAGUGGGUACAAGGCUGGUCAGGACAUAUCAAAACCCACAGAGCCACUUGGAGCAAUCUUUGGUAAAUGCAGUCACGGAACAUCUGAUGAUAGCUCUCGCACUGACCCAGCAACUGGCGGUAUUUACAAAGGCCGAGUAUCAAUGAACAGUGCACCACAUCAUAAGUGGCACCAUCAAGCUUGGGAAGCCGCUGCCAAAGCAACUCACCAUUUUUUAAUGGAUAAAAAAACUGGAAUGAAAAAUAUCUUGGGAUCAUAUCUGUUUAAAGAGGUUCUCCAUAUCAAAUCAAGGCAAGAAGUAACGAAAAAUUCUCUAGCUUUCGUAAUUGAUUUAACCGGGUCUAUGUCUGGUGAAAUUGCGGGUGUGAAAAGGGCAACAGUAAAACUUGUGGAGGAAUCAAGAAACUCUAUAUUUGUACCAGAAAAAUACAUCCUAGUCACAUUCAGUGACCCAGAGAAUUUGACGACAGCAAAGGAGACUACCGACUGGAACCAAAUGAUAGACUUCCUGCAGGCUCUAAGCGUGAGCGGAGGCGGAGAUUGUCCUGAAUAUGCCUUGUCAGGCAUGCUUCUAGCAAUAAACAUGUCAAAUCCAGGCUCUCAGAUUAUAUUCUGCUCUGAUGCUGAUGCCAAAGAUGAGGAUAAACAUGAUGACGUAGUAGAGGGUUUGAAAUCAAAAUCUCUGAAAACUACUUUCUUACUAACCAACACGUGUACAGCACGGAAAAGAAGAGAUACGCACAGACAGAAAAGAAGCACUGGGUACAAGAUAUUUGAAGACAUAGCUGCAGAAACAGGAAGUCAAGUACUGAGAACGACGACUUCAGAGAUAGAGACAGAUGUCGAACGUGUAGUAAAGACAAGCUUACCUUCAUCCAUCGUCAAUGUCAAAUGGUAUCUAUGGAAAACAUCACUUUCAUCAACUGUCAAAAUCAACGUGGAUAGUUCCAUAACAGCUCUGAUUAUUCAGAUAUCUGGCCCUACUGCUAAUUCUGAUGUCACAUUGAGAGAUCCAACCGAUUCGGAGGUGACGUUUUCAACUGAUGGUAAAACGAUCUCCCUCAGCUUUAAUGAUAUGACCAUGAGUAUUCAGUCUCCGAUGGCUGGUAAUUGGACACUGAUACGAAACACCAUGUCCAGUACCUGGAAUCUGAACGUGACGGCGCAAAGUGACAUCGAUUUCUCUGUAAACCUAUUGGAAACAUCGGAUGACGGAAUGGCAUACCAAGUCUAUACAAAUCCAGUGUUAGGUUUCAACUAUACAGUUGCUAUUGAUGUACAGAAUUUGCCCGCAAAUGCCACAAUCGACAGGGUACUUCUGUUAGAUAACACAUGGUCGGAAGUAAAUGUUUUACAACUCACCAAUGUAACGUCUGAAGGAGUGCCCCGGUUCUCAUCUGCAUUAACUAUUGAUGAAAAGGUAAGCGGUGUACAAAUAGAGGGCACAGACGCUUCCGGAAAUCCUAUCGUCAGAGUCACUCGUUUUGAAAUCAUGCCAGUGGGUGUUCGAGUAAAGAUUCUUCCCUCUACAGAUGACUUAAAAUUCAAUGACCAGUCAAUGGUUACAUAUGAGAUUACAAACACUGGCAAUGUGGAAGCAUCGUUUAAAGUUGACAUUUCCGAUGAUAAAGGCUACCUACUUUCAUCAAACAGCACGGAUAUUAAUCUUCAAGCUGGCGAGACUGAAGUCAAAACAAUCAACUUAAAUGGGACUCAGAGCGGUUCUACAGUAAAGGUACAACUAGUUGUUUCUCUCUGGAACUCAACAGAAGUUUUACAGACAGAAUCGAGGAGAUAUUAUGUAUCAGAUGUUCAAAAACUAGAAUGCAAGAUCGUAUAUCAAUCACCACAGUGCCCUGAUGAGUCUUUGACCACCAAGACCUGCGAUGAUUACAGAUGGAAUGGGAGAGCACAAAUAUCGUUUUAUGUUAAAAAACCUUCCCAGAUAGUUAUAUCUAACACGGAAGUGGAAGUUGAAUAUGAAAACAUCACAAACACUAACGACAGUCUCAAUGUUAAUAUCAGUGGACAUUGCUGUAUACAAUCAGUUCAACUCCGUGCUUACGACGACGACGGGUACAUUGCAGAUUGUCAAUUCCUGUUUUCUAACGGUACUAUUCAGGCCGUUGAACCUGAGACAACAACGGAACCAACCACAAUUACAACGAGCAUGGAGGAAACAACAACUGACCCCUAUACAACUACAACUGAAGAAAACACACCCACUGAAGAGUGGACAACAACAACUUUAGAACCCAUGACAACUCCAACAGAAACCGAGUCAGAUAAUCUAGAAACAACAACGGGAUUAAUCUCUGAUACAACAACCGUAGAGGAAAGUACGACGGAACCCCCGAUAACAACAAUAACGACGACCAUGACAACUACUACAACGGAAGAAGGUACAAUCACAACAGAGUGAACAUCAACGACAACAGAACCGCUUACAACUUCCACAGAGUCAGUUAAAACAGAGACAACAACGUAGUCAGCAGAAUGGUGAAAAAGACGUUCCGAAGUUUUAAAAUUGGCCCCAUGAAGAAACAAUAUAUUGUCUAGAUUGAAUGCUGGUCGUCAGAGGAAAUAACAAAACUCAGUCACAACCAAAAAGAUAGAAACAACAACAGAGUACACAUCGACUGAGGAGUCCACAACAACAAUCACAGCAGCAACACCGCCACCACCAACAACUACAGACGCAUCACUACCAUCAACAACAGAGACACC